AUGUCAGGUAAAUUCGACCCCAAGAAUGCUCAGAAUCUCAUGGAGAUCGAGAAACAGUUUGCGGUGAAGGCGGUUGAGCAGGCUCAGACAUACUGGAACCUUUUGGAGAAGGUCGCCCCCAAGGACCUCCGCCUGACCAAAUACGACGACGAGAUAUUCGAACAUGUCAUGAAGGACUUCCCAGAACUCGCUGAGGAACCUUACGACAAACUGGUGAAGAUUGAUGAGGAACUGAUGAAGAGCCCUGAAGGAAAGGAGAGAUGGCGCAAGUUCAUCGCCGAAUACGAGAAGAAGAUCAAGGACUUCAACUUUGGUUCCUUGAUUAGGACCGACGCGACACAGGAAUAUGGCGAGACCAACACUAUCUUCGUUACACGUAUACAAUUCUACGCAUAUGAAAUCUGCAGAAACAAAUUGGGACUCAACGACCGCGCCCACGAACUUGCGAAGGCCGAGGCUGAGAAGGAACGCUUGGAGAAGGAGAAAGCUGCAACAAAGAAGGGGAAGAAGAACGGCAAAUCAUAG